AUGAUUACUUUGCUACCCUCUGUCGCCUCUGCGGGACUAGCAACAUCCACGAAUCCUGGAAAUUCUCGUUCGUCUUCAAAACCAACAACAUCCACGAAUCCUGGCAAUCAUCAUUCGUCUUCAAAACCAGCAACAUUCCCAAGUGCUAAUACUUCUCCUUCACCUUCAAAAUCGUCAACAGCUUCGAUCAACAACGUCAAUCAAUCGUCAACAACUUCGUCAUUUACUAAACCGUCUGCUUCUGCCACAACUAAAAAGCUUCAAGAUUUAUCACAAGUCAAAGUGACUGCAAAUAAUUCAAUGAAAGUCCUUAAAGAACUUUUAAACUUAACGGCAGAAAUCUUUGCCCCCGACGAGCUCAAUAUAUCGCUGACAAUUUUUGAGGAAGUUGUGAAAAAUGAUGCCAUUUCUCCUGGAAGUAAAGCGGAAAGCAAACGUAUUGGGAAGAUUAUUCUUAACAUCGCUGAAAAUCUUCUAAACAAUUCCAUCUCAUCAUGGGGUGCUUUGAAAGCGAGAGGAAAAACAAGUUCCGAAAUAGUGCUGAAAGUUGUGGAAGAAGCUGCUGGGAGUCUAGGGAAGAGCCUGGCUGUAAACGAUACGAUUAGUUUUAAUACUUCUCAUUUUGGAUUACGAAUAGACAAUGUGGAUCCUGUUCAUUUUAUCAACCAAACUAUUGUUUUCGUUGGUCUUAAAAUCGAGGAUAAAAAAAGUGAUCAAUAUUUUGGAAAUGACGAGGAAGCUUUCAUACCCGCCGUUUUACCAGAGGCAAUUCAAGGUGAAUGCAGUCAUUCUUGA